UGGCGUAUAAAACCUUCAAAUUUCAAACGCUCUGCAAAUUUGGCAGCAAUCCAAACUCAGAACCAGACAACGCAGAUUAAGUACUUCCUCUGAUCCUCUCUCACGUUUCCAUUUCCUUUUUUCUGCACUAUGUGGCAUCUUCAAUGGCUUCCAACGCAUCCCAAUUCCAACCCCUAAUUUCAACACCUUCCUUAAAUCCUUCCCCUAUGAAUAUGGUUUUGGUUUCCCCUCGCAUUCUCCAAUUUUCAACUCCUAUUUCUCCUCUCUCUCGAAGGAACUGUCCAUGGACGGCCCGAGAAAGGCCGGAUUCGGCGUACCGGACGGAUCGCGGUCGGAGACGACAACGGCUAGGUUUUGCGAUCUCAUUGUGAGGUUUGUGGCGAUGAUUCUAACUUUGGCUGCUGCUGUGGUUAUCGGCGUCGAUAAACAGACGAAAACGGUGCCGCUUCAACUCGCCGACGCGUUGCCGCCGCUCCACGUUCCGGUUACUGCACGGUGGCAUUAUUUAUCCGCUUUUGUGUAUUUUGUAGUAGCAAACGGAAUAGCAUGUUCAUAUGCAGCCUUCUCGCUGGUACUUUCAGCAUUAAACAAGGGCAAAAGCAGAGGCUUCAUAAGAUCGGCGAUAAUCGUGAUGGAUAUUCUGACGGUGGCGCUGCUGUUCUCCGGCUUCGGAGCUGCCGCUGCCGUUGGCGCCAUUGGCCGGCAAGGGAAUUCACAUCUUAAUUGGAACAAAAUUUGCAAUGUGUUUGGAAGAUUCUGUGGCCAAGGAGCUGCCUCUCUUCUCCUUUCCUUGCUUGGAGCGACGUCGUUUCUCGCUCUUUCUGUGCUUUCUGCUUUGAGGCUUCAAAGGGGAUUCAAGUGAGAAACCAAAUAAAAACAAAAACAAAAAACAAAAGUUUUUCAAUUAUAUUGUCUUGUAAUUGUGUAAUUUGGCGUUGUUUUUGUUAGAUUUAAUGAGAUAUUUAAUAUCGUAAAUGUGUUAUCUUAGAGUAUAUGUUAUGAUUAUGCUUGGUA